UCCCCAGGUACCGUACGUCGCCUCUCCAUGAAGAUGAAGAAGCUGCCGGAACUACGGAGGAAGCUGAGCCUACGCAGCCCCCGUCCCCGAGGCCAAGAGGGUGGCACCUCACCCUCCGAAACCCGUAAGGAAUCCAGCAACGUCAUCAGUCGCUACCACUUAGACAGCAGCGUGGCUUCAAGACCGGGGUUGCCCUGCGGGGAGAUGCCGCCACGGUGCGGGCAGCAUAUUUCAGGUUUGGUGAGCGUCCACCUCCAUGGCGUGCGGGACCUGAAACCACCACGAGCCGAAGCCCGGGAAGUUUUCUGCGUCUUGCAGGUGGAUGCGGCUAACCGGGCUCGCACGGCUUUACUGCCGUGUAAGACGGCGUUCCUUGGUCUCAACCAUACCUUCAACCUCGAGCUGGAGGGUGCCCGGCACCUCAAGGUGAUGGUUUUCUCCUGGGAUCCCACCUCCUGCCGCAACCGUCUCUGCUGCCACGGCACCGUGGUCCUGCCCCACAUCUUCAGAGAACCCCGUGUUUUCGGCGUAGAGCUGGGUCAACUUGUGGAAAGGGAGAAGACGGCCACCAAGGUACCCUUGCUCAUCCAGAAAUGCGUGGCCGAGAUAGAGAAACGAGGGCUGAAGGUGGUAGGGUUGUACCGGCUCUGCGGUUCGGCCGCCGUCAAGAAGGAACUCCGUGACGCCUUCGAGAGGGGAAUCCUCAAGGAUUCCCUCCGGGAGCUACCCACGCCGCUCAUCACCCCCACGCUCUACCACGUCGUGCUGGAGGCCAUGGCCAAGCGACCACCUCGGACCCCCCCAGGAGAGCGGGACGCCGUCACCCUGCUCGAUUGCCUGCCCGACGUGGAGAAG